CUUAAUACCGGCUAAUCGCCUUCAUCCCUCCUCGAACCCAGUCAUUCGUGUCGAUUUCGCGGUCGCGUACCGUCCCUCAAGCCCGACCGACGCGCCGAAUCCUUCCCUUCGCCGCCGUCCAAGAAUCGGAGAGCGAUAUUUGUCACCUACAGCUAUCAUCGCCACCACAUUUCUGUGAUCGGUCCUGCUCUGCUUUGCUUGCGUCUCACCACCAACCCACACCUACCUAACAGCGACCAUCGUAUCGUCUACGGCUCCGACCCUUCCGUGAGAAACCUUCGCGAGAUUGGCUACGCGUUGACGGUCGUCGACCCCUCUUCUAUUCGGUCAGAAUACUCUUGUCGCCCACAGUCCUCUUGCCGGUGCGCCGCGAACCCUCUGCGGUUACAACGACGCUCUGGUUCUGGGUUGAUAAGAGUUUCUGACACCAUACAAGCUUGAGCACAUGAGUAGCAAGCUUUGGGGAUUUUUCUUCUACGAUGACGUUGAGAGCUUCCAGCGGUUCCUGGCAGCUGCCACCUAUACGACGGGCAGCCAGCGGACGGGAACCGGAGGGGCUCCCAAUCUCAAGCCCGGAAGCCCCGGGACCGUGAUAGCAUCCUCGCCAGGCAGUUCAGUAAAGAGCAGGAAAUUGGUGGGAACCUCCCCAGGAACCCCCAUACCAGAUCGGGGUGGUGGACUGCGCCCUGGCAAGACAUUGUCUCGGGAGGAAUUGAAUGCACGAGAUCAUGACGGUCGAACUCUCCUUCAUCAUGUGGCUUCUUCAACGAAAAGCACGGCUAUAGAAUUUGCCAUCGCUUUACUUGAGGUGCCUGCGCUUGAUAUCUACGCGCAAGACUGGGAGAGUGGUUGGACAGCUCUGCAUCGUGCUCUAUAUGCGGGAAACGCAACGAUUGCCCAGGCGUUGAUGGCCCGAGAUAUACGUGAUGCAAUGGAUUUCAGCAAAGCGAGCAAUCUUGGACACCCGAGUGGAGGCUUGAUCAAGGUCAAAGAUCGAGAAGGCUAUAGUCCGUUCGAUGUCUAUGGGGCUACAAUUGCGUCUCGCGACAUCAAACGAAUUCUAUCCCGAGCAACAAGCCAAGGUCCUCUACUCACAGAUGUAGAGAACAGCGAUGCUGCUUCUGAUGUAUCCUCUCUCGAAGAAGGCUUCGAUGAAGACAGUCGCAUUGGGAGAAGCACUUUGAAACCAAGGACCAAUUUGUCUGGCGAUGAGGUAUUUACGUUUGGGAGUAACAAGAAUCUGAACCUGGGCGUUGGAGACCAAGACGACCGCCAAUUUCCCGAGAGAAUCUCCCUCAAGCGGCCUGAACAUCUCCUAGAGCGCUUCUAUCGUGAAUUCCAGGAGCAACGGCUGGUUGAUGACAGGAUUGACUCCCCUCAUGAUUCUGGUCAUCCCUUGGACCUGCCGACCCUCGUGAGGAAUAGACCUCUGAAAAUCCAGAACAUUGUUAUGUCAAAACUCCACACAGCUAUCCUUACUACUGACCCUGAGUCAAACCUCUUUCUGUGUGGGUUCGGUCCCGGCGGGCGCCUAGGCACCGGGGAUGAGUCAACGCGGUUCAGCUUCGUCUGUAUUGAGACCGGAGGGCUCGCAAAUAGGAAGGUGAUAUCUAUUGCCUUAGGCCAGGACCAUACCCUUGCUAUCACAGACCGCGGGGAAAUCUUCAGCUGGGGUAGUAACAAGUUUGGUCAACUUGGGUACAGUCUCCCAAGGGGUAAUAACCGGGACGAUGUGCCGAUUCAGAACUCGCCGCGGCAGAUCUUCAACCCCUUUAAGAAGGAAGUCAUUCUUGGGGCAGCAGCCUCGGCGGUCCAUUCGGUUGUCUUCAGCAAUUCUGGCCUUUACACAUUCGGCAAGAACGAAGGACAACUGGGACUGGUGGAUUCUGACGCCCGUUCACUCGAGAUCCAGACCACGCCCAGGCGGGUAGGAGCAUCGCUUUUCAGUGCGCCGAUACAAAGCGUCUCUGCAAUCGAUCAGGCGACAGCGGCCCUUCUUCAAAAUCACGAGGUUUGGGUCUUCUCCCAAUACGGUUACUCAAAGCUCUCUUUCCCCUUGGAUGUCAGCUCAAGAUUCAUAAAGGACAGUUUCAUGGCCACACGGUAUGGUUCGUCCAUCAAUCAGAUCGUCAAGAUCAAGUCUGGUGGAAACGCCAUCUGUGCGCUAUCCAGUUUUGGUGAAGUGUACACUGUUCAGGUCAAUAGGACUGAAAACCCGCCGAUUUCGACGUCAACAACCAAUCCAUCCAAGACUCGUAAUUCUCUAUCUCAACCGACUCGCGUUUGGUCCGUUAAAAAAGCCCACAUGGCUGCAGCAGAUUUUGAUGUUGGACAGGAUGGUUCAGUCGUCAUCUGUACCGUUUCCGGUUCUGCUUGGAGGAAAGAGAAACGAGGGAAGGUAAAAGACGGGGCAUCGAAGGAUUACAAGUUUGCUCGCAUACCCGGACUGUCUCGAGUCAUUGGUGUGUGCAGCAAUGCCUUUGGAGCAUAUGCAGCUGUCCAACGCGACUCCCAAGUGACGAAAGAACAGAUCAACAUCGAGGAAACCACCCUCUGGAAGGAUCUUUUGCCUUUGUCUCCUUUCUACUCGCUGCGGGAGACCAUGGUUCCGGCAAGCCAAGCUGAUGAAGAGGGUACCUAUAUAGAUCUUGAUCCUGCUCUGGCCAUAAGAAAAGCCAUCAUGUCGUCUUCGGAGAUUGAACCAUACUUUGAAACUUCGCAAGCAAAAGCGCCUGCGGGGACAGUCUGGCUCAUGACAACGCAAUCUGGCAUACGGAUACCUGUGCACGAAUUCAUUCUGACAGGACGCAGCUCGGUCUUAAGGAAAGCAUUCCGAGACUUCCGCUGUACGCACCAUGUUUCUAUCCCUGAUAUAAUGACUAUUGAAUUCGACAGCCAGGGUCAGAUGCGACUAAUGAUCCAUGCUGUUGAUACUUUCACUAUCCUGAAUAUUGCCUUUUUCAUUUAUACAGAUAGCGUUUUAGACGUUUGGCAACAGUUGAGGUAUUCCCCGGAAAGUGCUCUUAGGUAUCGCCAAGUUCGGACCGAGGUGAUGCGCAUCGCCAGUCAUUUGGGAUUGCCGACGUUGGAAAGGGCUGCUAGGCUUAUGAUCGAACCGACGAAAACUAUUAAAGUUGACAUGGAGCGCGCCAUUAAUGACCCUGCCUUUUUCGAUAGCGCUGAUGUGGUUAUCGAGUUGAAGGGAGAAGAGGUGAAGGCUCACAGCCAAGUGAUCUGUCAGAGAUGUCCCUUCUUCAUGGCGCUAUACUCUGGGCGCUCAGGAGGCAGAUGGCUUCUGUCGCGUCGUGCAGAUCCGGGAGAUAUCAUCCGAAUCGACCUCAAGCACAUCGACCGGGCUGUUUUCGAGUUUGUUCUCCAGUACAUGUAUGCAGAUACGGAGGUCGAGCUCUUUGACGAUGUCCGAUCAAAGGACCUGGACGAUUUUAUUGACCUUAUCCUCGAUGUCGCAUUUGUGGCGAAUGAAUUGAUGAUUGACAGGUUGGCGCAAAUAUGCCAGAAGAUGCUUGGGAUGUUUGUGAAUACGCGCAGUGUGUGUUAUUUACUGAAUGCCACCGCACCGUGUUUUGUAACGGAAUUUAAGGAUGCUGCUCUGGAAUACAUAUGCCUGAACCUCGAGGAUCUGCUGGCAAACAGGCUGUUGGAGGAUCUUGACGACAUCUUACUUGGUGCGCUUGAUUCCGUUUGCCGCGAGAACCAGAUGGCCAGCUUUCCCGUUUCGCGGGGACGCAACACCGAAGAAUACGUCUAUGAGAAAUAUCCCGAGGUUGUCUCCCUUGUAGAGGAGGACAGAAAGCGAAGGAUCGACUCUAUGAGGAUCAGAUCUCGUCUCAACCGUGUUGACAACCACGAGGGAAAGUCACGAAUGAUGGGCAACGAGAAGGCCGUUUCGCCAUUGGUGCAGAAAGUCAUGGCUAGUCCAGCGAGGGAGACCUUGACUCCUACCUCUCGUAGCCCAUUGUUGAAAUCGAGACAGUCUAUGGGCGAUCUAAUGUUCCAGAUGGAUGAUGAAUACCUUCUGUCCCCGGGGGAUUCCGUUAAAGGGAAAAGCGCAGUUCGAGAUGCUAAGCCAACCGCGAUAAACGAGCACCGGCCGUCUCUCGAUUCACCCGCUCUUGGCUCCAGUCUUGUGGACGGGGGUUCAUUUGGUAGCCGAAGCUAUCUGGAUGAUCAGAUGGCUUCUCUGCGAGACGUUGGCCCCCCAGACUCGCCGUCUGAAUCUCGAGCUGCAGCGCUUUACAAAAAGAGGAACGGAUCUGGUUCUCCACCUGAUUCUGCACAACCCCCGUGGAGCUCAUCUGUAUUAUCAUCGUCGAAGAAGAGCCUCAAAGAUAUUAUGAACGAAGCGUCAGGUCACCAGGUAUCGAAUCUCAGCUUGGGGAUAGGAUCCCGUCGAGAGAAUAACAGUAACUCUGCAUCCAAGCUAUCGCAAAAGGAACGGAAGAAGAUCCAGCAGCAGCAGACGCAGGUCCUACUUGUCGCCCAGCAGAAGGCAAAAGAAGCAUCCCAGAACCCUUGGAAACUCCCUAGUCCAAGCAGUCCUGUUCCCAUCAAUGGGCAAGUGAGUCCUGAGGAGUCUGCAAAAUCCAUUACUCCGAAGCCUUCUAUGACUCUGCGUCAAACAGUUGCCGGCACACCGCCGCCUGGUGCAAAACAGAAAGUUGCUCCUGUGCAGGCUCAAGGCCGCAGUGUCUCCACCAGCGUCCAGACACCACCUAGACCCUCAAUUUCGGGGCCAUCAGCACCCUCUGCCUCCAACAUCUCACCCACUCAGACCUCAAUCCAAUCUGUUCGCCACAUACCACGUCCGGAACCAUAUCAAACGAGUUUCCACUCUCCUUCAUCAAAUUCACUAUCUUUAGCCACCAUCCUGAUGCAGCAACAAACAGAAAAGGACGAAAUCCGCGAGGCCGCAACAGCCAAACACAAUCUGGAAGACAUCCAACUGGAGCAGCAAUUCCAAGAAUGGUGGGAUAAAGAGAGUAGACGUAUCCAAGGACUCCCCGAACCCAAUUCAACUCCAGGCAUCAACAACCAGGAAGGAAGAGACACUCGAGGUAACCGCGGUCGUGGUAAAGGCCAGGGACAGCAGCAGCGCAAGAGACGCGGAAAAGGCGGCACCGACAUCUCUACAACCCAAUCCCAACCACCGGCCGCCAAACCUUCUCGGAAGGACCCCCCGAACGCGCAACAGAAGAGCACCCCUCGUCGGGAGCAACCCCAACGACCACCGAACGGGAACCACCCAGACCCAGCGGGUGGCAAUUCCCGUCGCGGAGGUCGAGGUGGUACUCGGGGUAGAGGCAACAAAGAACGUGGCAAGGCUGUUUGAUACAGCAGUCUCUGCUCUGCUCCGCUCUGUCAAUAUGGCAGUUUCCCAUCCCCGUGGAUAUAUACUAUCUCCAAAAUCAUCUGAUCGGAAACUUUUCAAUUGUAAUUGUUCUUUCAAUGGGGAAUUUCCUUCCCUAUCCUUUAUUGCAUUUCAUGACUGUUAUUGUUAUAGACGGAAAGAACGGGAGGAAAAGCCCGUUGGGAUAGACUUGGGUUUAUUCAUGAUUGGAUAGCUGGAAGUUUUUUCAUGUAUAGUUAAUCGGAGAGAGAAUUAUUACCGAC